GCUUUUUCUAUCAACAUCUUCUAUGGUGGUGCGGUGGAUUCUGAGUAGGCAGUCUCUGAGGUUAGGCAUUAGGAUUUUUUUCUGCCAUAAUAUCGUAGACGAAGACGUGUUGAUGUUGUACUAUUCAGUCGCACGGACGAACAUCUAAGUAUUAAAAACAACUAAGAAUAAGUAUCUCAUCUUUUCCGCUAUAUUACACGACCAUCAAUUAGAACAAAAAAUGGAGUCUAUUCGUAGGAUUUCUAGGCGCAUGGACGCGCUGAUCGAUAUGAUACCCGUCCGCUACUACAUGAACAGUGAGGAGAACUGGCGCAGCCUUCCUGGUGUCGACGAUUCUACGCCAACGACACAGGUAAAAACACUCUAAAAAUAUAUCUUCACGAUCUAAGUAAGGCUAUCGAGAAGAUAUGCUUUCUUCAUCGUAAAGAACAUCAACAUGUUCUAGCAGCGAAUAUAAUAGACAAAUGAUGAAAGACUCGGCCUUUUCCUUCAUCGUUUACUUUCCGACUCGAGCUUGUUUCGAGUAUGAUGAUUGGCCGCGGCGUCCUUUCUGACCUUCUAUUCGCUGCUUGAUCAUGUUGUAUGUUAGUUUCAAAAAAAAACAUGCUUUGUUCGAGGAUGUUUUUUUCCAAAGCUUGCUUCUCUUUUCCAUAGAUAAUCAAAUACCAAAUAUCAGGUGAUUCAAAAGCUAGCUCAAGCGAGAGCAAAGACUUCACAGAAGAGCAAGAAGCAAGUGAAGAAGGCUAAUAACAAGAAUCAGAAGCUGCAGAAUGGUAGUGCUUCCAAUGCCAGUAAAGCAACCACUUCUCCUGCUACUUCUUCAAGCGACAGCACUAGCACAAAUGCACCUGGAGGUCCUCAGGAUCUGCGAGCAAAGCUGCAGGCGAAGAUUGAAGCCCUGAAAAACGAACGACAUGAGAAGCAAAGAGCAGAAGACCUCAAGAGGAAACGAGAAAUGCUGGAAGAAUCAACUUCUAGUGGUAAUAAGAAGAAGAAACAAGUAGACGACAAACAAGAUUCUUCAUCAAAUGGAGGAGAGUCGAAAAAGACGAAGCUUCAAAAGGAACAAAAGUCCUCUGCUACCUCUUCCAAGAAGUCUACUGAAGAUGCUGCAGUCGAGGAUGUUGAUUUCGGUUUGAUCCGCACAGAAAAAGCUGAAAUCGACAAGGUCUACAACGCUCCCAAGAAGGGCUCCAAAUGGAAGCGCGUCGAAAAAGAGAUGCGCGACCAAGAACGACACGAGAAGAAACUAAGCAAACUCGGAGAAAAAGAGCGUCAAUCCCAACUGGAGACUGAGAAGAUGGACAAGGCCUUGCGCCGUGCAGCGGGAGAGAGGGUUAGAGACGACUUGUCAAAGCUGAAAAACACGAAGAAGGCGAUGGAAAAGAAGAAGCAACAGGGGAGACGAGGAUUCGAAGGGGAAAAAAGGAAAAAAGUGUGGAACAAGGAUGAAGAUAUAUAAUUUAGGAUCUUCAUCUGGGUCCUCUGGGAUCUCCUAUCUAUUUUCAUCCAGAUGUUGACGUGAAGAAGCUGAAAAUCAUGCAUCACUUGUUUCAUAUUCUUUCUCCUGCUUAUGACUAUAAAGCUAACUUCAUUUCCACUUCUGAAGACGCGCCCGGGAAAAAUGAUGCACCAAAAAAUGAUAUGCAAUGAGAUCGAUGGCUGUAAUGAUGUAUUUGGAUUUAAAAGUUGUGUAUUGCAUGCAGUGCGCGACACUGCUGUUUACCCAUCUUCGACGGUUCAAAAC